AUGCACAUGUCGUUCUUUGCUAUCGUUGCCUCUGUUCUUGCGGGAUUUGGUUGUGCAGCAGCUCAUAUUGGACGUUUGUCUUCGCGCAAUGGACUGGGGAAUCGCAGUGAUGCUCCCAUCUACAAACCAAUCAAUGUGCUGACGUCAAGAGAUACUGGGAGUAUCGAGGUGCGGGAUACUACACGUUUCACGAAUAUCGAUCCCGCUGAUAGGGUGCGGAUGGUCUUCGGGAAAGUGGGAGACAAGCAAACGAUCCGGCUUGCGGAUAUGACUCUCUAUGCGGAUCCUAAUAUGCCAAUUGUCAUGAUGGAGGCGUUCGAGGGGUUAACGUCUGUGGUGGACUGCGAUGGAAACGACGGGCGUAUCUCUCUUACUUUUAAAUCUACAGAUGCUUUCAAUUACGCCAUAAAGUCAUGGUCAUAUAUCAAUGAAGUUACGGAUAGGCAAUUUCUCAUGAUUGCGAACCAUGAUGGGUGUGGUCCGGCUGAUGAACGACAGAGCUAUCGUAUCACUGACGUCGAUAAUGACGAGUCUAAUAAUACCGUCUUCCUUAAUUCCACUCUGGCUAACUGGAAUGAGGUUGCUGGCACUUUCGACAUGUCUUUUGGCAAAAUUAAUGUACCUCCUUCAACGACGAGGUCUCUGCGUGCUCGUGGUCUUAAAGACUUGCUUGACAAGGCUAAAGAUGGUUUUGAUGUUGUGGCUGAUAAGAUCAAAGGCAUUGGAGCUGGCGACCUUUCUAAAUCUGUAACUAUUCCAUUCUCUGUGGGAGAGAAAGGAGUGACGAAGCUGCUGUUUGAGGAUUUUACGAAAAAUCCACCCCGCUUGAAACUUUCCUGCAACGAUUGCUUUGCCGAAGCCAGCUUCGCAACAACCGGAUCUGUGAAGGUUGAGAACUUCCAACCCUCAUCUCUCCUUCUGGAAAUCGAACCACAAGACUUGCGUGCUACAAUUCAGUUGCAAGCAGAAGUCUCUCAAACAGCCCCAGGCCUCGAAAUUUUCAACUUUGACCAACCCAUUUUUGAGGCUGCCAUCCCAGGGGCAGGCAUUGUUGUCCCCAAUAUUUUCACCUUGGGUGCUAAAGCGGCGUUUAAUAUACAAGGUAACGCAGAGGUGUCAGGAACUGCAAUAUUCACCUUUGGAGCCAAGUCCAGUCUCCCUAAUGGCUCUAAGAUCUCCCUUGACCUUGUCGAUUUUGAAAACAGCAAGGUUACAAGCUUUGAUAAUGUCGAAGUCGAUCCCAUUUUCGACUUUGAUAAUGCAUCCGUUACUGCGAAUAUUAUGGCCGGUCCGCAAAUAGCACUCACCUUGGGCGUGGAAGUUCUCGAUAAUACAGGUAUCGAGGCAGGGCUUACAUUUGGCGUGCCGACGAUUAAUCUCAAUGCCACGGCUGGUUUUGAUGAAAACGGGUUCUGCUUCCCUGGCGACACCCUAACCUCUGGCGUAAAAGUUGUGUCUGCCGCAAAUUUUGACAUGGUACUAGCUAUCAAGUCUCAAAUCAACAACAAUGAUAACUCCCUAUUCGACAGGAAGCUUGUGGACAUCCCCAUUGCCACGUUCUUAGACAAGUGUUCCCCUAUUUCUGGAACCGAGCCCUCGAAGCCGACUGCAAGUAGCAGUUAA